GAAACGCCGGCCGCCACAGCCGCACGCACCGGCCGCAGCACCAGCACCGACACCGCGCCCGCCACGCCGCGGCACGGGCGGCAGCCGCUCCGCUUCCUGCGGGCCGGGACGCUCCCAGCCCUCCGCCUCGGAGCCGGCGCCGGGCGCCGAGUCAUCGGCUGGUGCCGGCUGCCUCCCGACCCCAGCCCCUGCGGACGGAGGCUCCCGGCCCCGCCGGCCCAUGCCAGAAGGAUGCUGGAGAGCGGCUGCAAGGCGGUGAAGGAGGGCGUGCUGGAGAAGAGGAGCGACGGGCUCCUGCAGCUCUGGAAGAAGAAGCGCUGUAUCCUCACCGAGGAGGGGCUGCUUCUCAUCCCCCCUAAGCAGCAGCAGCAGCCGCCGUCGCAACAGCAGCAGCCGCCGCCGCCGGCCGAACCGGCGGCCAAGAUCAAGGAGCUUCACUUCUCCAACAUGAAGACGGUAGACUGCGUGGAGCGGAAGGGCAAGUACGUGUACUUCACGGUGGUGAUGGCCGAGGGGAAGGAGAUCGACUUUCGGUGCGCGCAGGAGCAGGGCUGGAACGCGGCGAUCACGCUGCAGAUGGUGCAGUACAAGAACCGCCAGGCCAUCCUGGCCGUCCGCUCCACUCGACAGAAGCAGCAGCACCUGGCGCAGCCCCACGGCCCGCGCCUCCGCGCCGCGUCCAACUCCGCCUGACGCAGGUACGGCCUCGGCGGGACUCGCCGUGGGACCUGCCGCCGUCCCCGCGGCUCGGCUCCCGACGCGGACAGUCAGCCUUCCCGCGGCUCCCGCUGCCCUUCGCUCUCCUGUCUUACUUGCAGGUGGAGUGAACGAAGCGCUUCGGGGAAGCGGGAAUGAGCGGCGCGGUCGUCGCGGACGGACUUGGGUCGGUCGAGAGCUGGGUGACCGCCGGGGAUGCAGGUAGACUGGAGAGAAGCGGCUCCACAACCCGAACCCCAGCUAGCUGCUGCUGCUCCUGCUGUCUUGCCGCCCUCCGUGCCAAGAAGCAUUUCAAAUCUAUUAUUUAUGAACCUUGGAAAGGAUCCUUUCGUGUGAUGGGACUUCUAGGAGACAUGAUGUACUGUAACCUUAUUUUAAUGUAUUUUAUUUUAUUUAUUAGGGUUGGGUUUUAUGUUGUUUUGGUUUGUUUUUUUAAGCGUAUUUGCAAGACAUUUCUGAAUGUAGGCCAUAUCAAAAAGAGCGAAGGAAAACGCAGCAUAAAUGUUGUUAACUCCCUAAAAGAACUAAAAGUUGAGUAGUUUGGCCGUGUGCAAUUUGACAAAAGGGGUUUUUCCUUUUUACCUGUGAUACGCUGUAUUACACUGACAUGGAAAAUGUGAUGUGUGGUUUGGAAUUUAGCUGAAAUCCAUCCUGCAUACGAAAUCUACACCCUUUAACGAGAAUAACAAUUAUAGUCUGGGUUUUAAAUGAUUUUCUUUCAAAAUAUUAUGUGUGAUGGAAGAUGAUAAAAUUGAUUCACUCUUGGUUAUUCAAAAAUAGCGGCGCUGAUUGUCAUCCUGAGAUUAAAACCAAUCUGUUUAACAUAUGAGUGGAGGGGAACCAGCAACUUCUUUUGCCAUCCAGGAAUCGCGGCUGGAUUCCAGUUCCCUGUUUGAUGUGCUUGCUCCCGUGCUGCAGGGACGAGCUGAAAGGCACUUCUGAAGGCUUCCUAGUGUCCAUGUUGAGGGCUUCUGCACGGUGGGUUCGGAAGCGAUCUGGGCUCCCAGCCUCUGCAGAACUAUCAUGGUGGGUUUUUUUUAAUGUCUUGCCUUAAAAGUAGCCCCUACCUAGCUUAAAAUCCAUUCUGUGUACUACUCAGUGUGCAAACGGAUUCUUUUGGUCAUAGUUUUCUUAAGCUGAAAAUUGCUCUCUAGCUGAGAUAAGCUAGAUGAAUUUUGGUGUUUAGCGCUGUCGGAGGUGGAGAGAGGCGUGUGAUCUCGCCUCUAAAAAUGUCAAUGAAGCCGUGAAGUUGGAAAACAAAGGGCUAAUUGCACAGCUGGUGUGUCUUCCUCUGCCUCUGAAGAGCCAGUGGGAGUUUGGCUGUGGAUGCUGGGGAGGGCGGGUUGCAGCCGUCGCGGGGAGCGGGCGCAGGCGGCCGCGCUCUCUAGUACAGGGGUGAGUUGCCACCGCGUGCCGCAGCUCGGCCUCUCCGGGCGGGACAGAGCGGUGCGGCCCGUUAUCCCCGCUUCAAGGGAGGUCCUUGCACCGCGGAGCUGUUUAUUUUAACUCACGUGGUGAGGAAAACGGCUUUUGGCCACUUCACAAGUUGCAUGAAUGUAAACAAAAAUGUUUUAAAGCCUUACAUCCAGGACUUUUCUGUUUGUGUAACCGAGGCGUAGCUGUAAAAGCCCCGCAUUCUUGGUUCAAGCUGUUGCUGGAAGUGUUUAAAGCAAAAGGCUUUUGACACUUAAAGGAAGAUCUCAGAAUUGGCUACUGCAUGGGACAGUCCCUUCCUCUGCGCCUUAAGCUUAAGCUCAGUCCUGUAAGGAAUAAAUCGAGAUCUCUUUUAGCCCUUCUCUUUUGUUCAAUGCCCCCAGGUGUCAGGGUCACAUACCAAGACAUGCAAAACACAUCAUGGUGCAGAAUUAAAACCCAGUCCUCUGUGAUUGUUCCUGAGCGCUUCUUUCUGAUCUGGCCUUGGACAAGGUUGUUUGAUGACCUUGGGGUGGUAGGUUACAGCUGUCCUAACAAAGACAUUGCUUUGAGACUAAUUGAAAUAGAAGGUGCCUUGCAUCUUCUAGGAUUAGAUUUGCUAUCUUGGCAAUCAUAAUAGCUAAUUUCCUUGUCUCUCUACAUCUGCCAUUACUGUUCUGCUAAUGCUUGGAUGUUAGAGCUGUAAGGGGGUUCUCUAGUGAGCUAGUGAAAGACUUAGAAAAUGGGCUGUAAUUUGGCUCCAUUGUUUAGACUUACAGUUUGCCAAGUAACUAAUCCACCUUUUCAGAUAUAUGGAUGUAUCACUGAUAUCUUACCUACUAAAAUACCUUCUAGCCUACUAAAGGAUAAAUGUAACUGAUGAAAAUUAAUUGCGAUGUGAUCAGAGACUCGUAUUUCUCUAGCAGAGGCAGAUACCGCUGUCCUCAGUGGACACAAACCGCUAAAUGCCACAGAAGUCUAUGGAUCUAAUCUGAAGCUGAAAUCUUGCUGCUCUUCUGGAAGUAUUUAUACUUUGAAAAUGAAAGAUGACAGUUUUAGUGAUGUAAUUGACACUGUGGUUUGAGAAGGCAGCUUUCAUUUGGGAUUCACUGUUCUUUUUCACUGGGUCCGAGUUCAUGUCCCACGUUCACCUGAUGUUUUAAGUUGGUCUGAAGGAUGCUCACAAAACUGCUUGGACUGAUGUAUUUCACCAACAAAUUUCUGCCAGUUGUCAUCGCCUGCUCUGUUACCUUUUAAAAAAUGUUGGUGUCAGCCAAACCGUUAGUGUGAGAGGUGGUCAUGUCACCAAGUCCACUUUGAGCUGUAAGCGUUCCUGUGCCUGCAGCCUGGGUUGGUGGGGUGUAUGUGUAAGGAUCAAACCUCCCCCUUGUGCCUCCUGACUGUCUCCUGGAAACUGAAUGGGAACAAAUUGGCUGGGGUCCCCUGGGGACAGAUGGACUGUGGGGCUCGUGCCAUGUCAGUGUAAAUAAGGCUAAAUUGUCCGUCGAGGACAAUCUGACAGCUUUCUCACGCUCCAAUUUCUACCGUUGUUUGAGAUUUUUGUUUGGUUUAAUUUUUCUAUUUUGUCUGAUAGCAAUUUUAGACCAAGAAAUUGUUUGAUGUUAUAAAUGAGGUAGUUCUGGCUUUUUUUUGGCUUGCCCCUCUGCUACUGCAUAGUCUUCAUUGGAGCUACUUCAUUCUUUUACUGUCUGUCCCUGCCUUGUAAGCAAUGGCUAUGAAAGUAAGUCCAGCAGAUCAUGUUCCAUCUUACUGGAGUUUUGCAAGUAGAGAGAAAUGAGAUUGUCCUUCUCCUUACAGAAAAAAAUAAAACCCAACAGCAUGCGACUGAAGUAAAUUAAUUAGAGAAUAAACGAAUAAGGCCAGUAAAAGACACAUGGGCAAAUGCUUGGUAUAGGUAGCAAAAGUGUGGAUGGUCAAUUCAUAAAGGUAUGAAAAUUACUUGACUUAAUUUAAAAAGAAAAAGGUAUCCAGAUUGGUUUUUUUGAUUUUGUUAAAGUUAUUCAGUUAUUGGAGAUUCAGCAAGAAAAUUCAAGCUGUGGUAACCAAAUAAAAUUUAGAAAUUGGGAAAAGGAAGAGGAAGUGGAUGUCGUGUCUGUGACAUCUCUUCUUUAAGGGUCAUGACAUGCAAAUGCCAGCUCCUGAAUUCUAGCUGCAGUAAUGUACCCGAUGUUUUCUGGCUUAUCCUCUCGUGAGCAGAAAUAUCAGUGUCGUUGAGAAAAAGAAACUGCUUGUAAAUACGACUCAUAAAUGAUUUCUGAGAGAUGUGGUUUAUUUUUCAUAUUUUUCAAGAUGCAUUCCAUUUCAAAUAAAGAGGUAUCUAUUCAAA